CGGCUGACGGCCGUGCCCGCCGGCCUGGAGCGGCACCCGGCGCUGGCGCGGCUCGAUCUGCAGUUCUGCGGCUCCGGCUCCGAGGCGCAGGUCAGCCGUGGCCCGCUCGGCUGCGGCUUCCCCGUGGUGGGCGACCACCCGUGGCUGGUGGCGCUCGGCUUCCAGGGCCCCGGCGGCGGAGCGGCGCGCUUCAUGUGCUCGGGGGCGCUCAUCAGUGACCAGCAUGUCGUCACAUCGGCCCGCUGCGCGCUGGGCGUCGGCAGUCUGCAUAUGACCACUGCGCGGCUCGGCGAGUACGACUUCCACACCCGCCGAGAUUGUCUGUGGUAUGCGCCGGAUCUGUGCACCGAAGCGGUGGACGUGCCUGUCGGCAGCAUGCUGGUCCAUCCAGAGUUUGAAAAACACGGAAAUGACGCCAGUCCGUUCGAUUUGGCUGUGGUUCAGCUAUUGAAGCCCAUCAAGCCGCACUAUGGCGUUCUUCCGAUCUGCCUGCCCAUGUUCCCGCCCCGCCAGCCUCCGCACCGGCAAGUGGCGCUGACGCUGGGCCUGUCGGGCGGGCCGCAGCCGGAGGGCGACAGUGCUGCCACCUGCUGCCAGUGUGACCGCGACCGCAGCGCCACUUCGCACGUGAUGGACGCCCAGCGUCUGGACGUGUUCAACGCGUCGUCGCCGGCCGGCGCGGGCUGUGCGUACCGGCUGCUGUCGGAGCGGCCCGGCCGGCCGGCGCGCUGUCUGGGCGCCGGUGCGCCGUGCCGGGCCGACCUGGGCGGCCCGCUGGUGGCCGCCGACCGGUUCGGCACCGCCUUCUACCUGCUGGGCGUGGCCAGCUGGACGUAA